AUGGCUGACCCGUUGUCGAUCACCAUGGACGUGGCUCACGUCGGUUUCAGUUUCGCGGAACAUUAUUACGCACUAAUGUGUAUGACACCGAAGUACGCGCGUCCAUUUUACGAUGAUUUUGGCGAGUAUCAGACGGUCUAUGAAGACGCGACGCCCGGAACUCAGCUGGAGGUGAAAAAGGUAUUGUUGCGACCCAUGUCCGCGUCCAAGUUAAUCGUUAACUCGAUUAUUUCGGUGCUCUAUGACGGAUCUCUUGACCGCCUGCUGGUCCACGCGACCGGCCAAUGGUUUACGCAUGUUUUCGUCGCAGAGAACGGUCGCUAA